AUGGACCCAAACGCCCUCGAGCGCGAGAUCGACCAAGCAACCCAAGCCCUCCACUCGACCGUCAACACCCUCCUCAACACCAUGCAAUCCUCUGUCUUUGGCGGACUCGAAACCCUCUCCCGAGAAAUGUCUGCCCUCGAGAAAUCCUCAAAGACAUAUCUCGAAGAACAUCCGUUUGAGAAAAUGAUGGAGAAACAUGUAGGACACCAUGCGUUUCCUUGGAGUUUGAGGACGGAUGGGCCCAAGAAGCGUUAUCGGAUUACGAUUGAAGAGUUGCCACCGUUGACGGAGGAGGAGAUCCGGGAGCAGAAGGUGGCGGCACAGAAGGUUUUGACGACGACGGGUGGGAAGGGACGAGUGGAAGGAAGGGAUGGGGAGGAUUUUACGAUUGCGCAGGGGAAGGCUGGGACGGUGGAUGAGGGCAAGACAGUGAUCACUGCUGCUGUUGCGCCCGGGUUGUUGGAUUGGUUGUUGUUUACGACGCACGAGGAUUCGUUCUUUCGACGACUUGGAUCUGGUGUUGGGGAGAGUCAAGGAGGAGCUAGCAUUCAGGAAUUGAAGGAUGACUCUGCUGCUGCUGCUGCUGCUGCUGCUACUACUGAUGUUACCAACGCAAGUGGCAGGGUGCCGGCGUUGGUGGAGAAAGUGAAGCAGGUCGGGACUAGUUGGGAGAAGGAUGCUCGACACUGGUGGCAGCGUAAGCGUUCCAACGGAAAUGGUGGUCAGCCAGAGUCGACUUCUGCUGCUAAUAUAGCUACGGAUCAGCAGCAUCAUUUGUUGUCGGGAACGAGUCAGAAUGAUCAGGAUCAGGAUGAAGAACGACUUUCUCACCGCUGGCCUCGCGGUCGCAGCUGGGAACGUAGCGAGUCCUUCAGUCAGACAACUGUAACUCGUCCAGAUGGGACAGUCGAGCACCGGACCGUGAACACUCUCAAUGGUGAAACAGAGACGGUGGUCAAGAUCGAGCACCCUGACGGGUCUAUUGAAGAGACUGUUACUCGGCAAGGAAACGGACACGACCACCACCGCCAUGGUCGUGGAGAUGAACGACAGCGCUUCUUCCAGCGAAACCAUGGGAAGAACGAAGAGUAUGAGGAUGACCGGGAGCGGGACGUGAUUGCUGCGGUUGUUGCCGAGGCCAUCUCUACGGAGAAGGCUGCCGAGUUUGAGAGGCAGCAGCGGGAGCAGGAGAAAUGA